CAAACCCAAUAAUGCUACCACCGCUACUGUACUCGUACCAUUACCAGCAGGAGGGAUCGGGAGGGUGGAUGACUGUUAAAGCAACUUAGAUAAGCUCCAAUUCUCCCGGCUCAAGACUCCAUCCGUCCAUUCAUCCAUCCAUCCAUCUCGUCUCAUCUUCCACCACGACGACAACUUUCCUGUUGAAAACCACAAUCCCUAGAAGCCUCACGCCACGAUCAACAUGGAAUCUCACGAUGACAAACACUGGGCUGCGAAGUAUCUCCUCGAUCCUUUGAAUGCGCCCGAGCCCAGCCAGGAAACCGGUCCUGGAACGCACUUCACAUCAUCAGUCAACAGAUCCAGCUCUACUUCAAAGUCACCAGCAUUCGGCAGAUCUUCAAAGCAGGCAUCUGUAUCAUCAUAUCCGACUCCGCCAGCCUCUGCAAGCCCGACCAAGUCCUCUUUCCAUCCAUCGAACCCAUAUUCCCCUUCUCACAGACAGCUAGCUUUUGGGGAUUUCAAUGAAGGCGGUCCGAGCCGGAAGAGCUCUGGUGAACAAUCAAACAGUGGACAUGGCCGUCGAAGAGGAAGCUCUCUAGGUGAACGAUUCCCGGGAGACAUGUCUCAUCGACCUCUUGACCAAUUGCGGAAGGAGACGAAAGCUGCCAAUCGGGCACCACAUCUGAGGAAGAAGCAUAUUCCUGGAGCAGAUAGCAUCGACAAGCUGGAUAAAUCUAUGAUUGGAGGAUUAUAUCACCACGAAGGGCCAUACGACGCAACGCUGAUUUCCCGAAAUGCAAACGUCAAAUAUCCUCCGGUUGAAGCUGUCAAGAGUACCAAUGAAGAAGCUAUCCGCGCCACACCGAAAGAGUACAUCAAAGACUCUUUGACGAAACAUGUACCUCUACAGGGAACGGCAGUCAUCCCGCCAGGAUUCGAGGAUUUCUCGGGCCGCAGAAUGGACUACGAAGAAGGCGCCGAUCUGAUGCGCGAGCCAGACGCGGCAGGAGGAGCGUACAAAAGAUGGGAUCAUGUCAAAUAUCUUCCUGAUGAUCUGAAGGGCAAAGGAGAGCCAUCCUACUCAAUCGAGAAGGCAUUAAAGGAUCAUAAGGAGAGCAGCGCCCGCAACGGUCUGUCUCCCGACAGUCGCUCCUAUGAGAUGCAACCACAACGACCAGGAGCUGGCCGUCAACGAAGCAUCAGUGGAAACCACGAAGACUUCAGGGAUACUAGGAGACCAUCGGCAGGCGCAUUCCUGGAAGUUGACAGUGCAGACGGAAUGCGACGAUCUAACACCACUGGACGACGUCUCGGAGAGGGAUUGAAGCGACGCUUUGGAAGUUUGAGGAGAAGCAAGAAUGCCACUGAUCCAUGAGUAACGAAAAAAAUGGGGGAAAUUGAAAACCACAAUUUGGAAGUACGACGAUGAAUUCACAAGAAUAUCAUUUUUCAGAUCAACGACAUUAGACUUAGGCUGGGCAACAGAAGGGAACAAUGAGGGAAACAUGACAACAAAUGUAUAAUAUGGGUAAUGAAAUACAUAAAAUGUCUAUUUUA